AUGGACUCCCAGACCUGCCAGGACAGGCAGCCCAGUGACCACCCCAGCAGCAGCAGCAGCAAUUGUAGCAGCAGCAAGAGUAAUUGUGAACGGGAAAGGAUCCGGAGCCGGAUGAAAAUGGUGAUCGGGCAACUGGAAGGCAUCUUACAGGAGCUCAAGGAGGUGGCCAAGGAGCUCCGGGAGGUGGUGAGCCAGAUCGACCGCCUGACGUCCGACUUCGAGUUCGACCUGGAGCCGGACGACUGGACGACGGCGACGGCCAGCAGCACCUCCAGCAGCGACAAGGGCGGAGGCACCUUCGAGCUGGGACCCCUCGAUUUCGCCGCCUCCGACAUCCUCUCCGACAGCUGGGAAUUCUGCUCCUUCCUGGAUGCUUCCACCCCCUCCGACCCGGGCGACGGCCCCGAGCCCCCCCGGCCGCAGCCGCAGCCCCCGCCCGCUCGCCAGCCCGACUACCGGCUGAUGAACGGGGGGCUGCCCAUCCCCAACGGGCCCCGGGGCGGGGGCACCCCGGAUUCGUCCAGCGAGGAAGCCUUCGGCACGACAUCCAGCCUGAAGCUGCCGCAGCCCCGCCCGGCCGGCACCCGGGAGCGGGUCCGCUUCAGCGACAAGGUGCUGUACCAUGCGCUGUGCUGCGACGAUGACCGGGACGGUGACAGCACGGCGUCCCCGGGGGACGAGGGGCCCGAGGAGCCCGGCAGGAAGGUGCCGGGGGGGCCCUCGAAGCACCCGAACGCCGGCGGCGGCGCGGCCCCGGGCCGGCGGCUGAUGAGGAACAGCAGCACCCAGACCGUGGCCGACAAAAGCACCCAGACGGUGCUGCCUUAUAUCCCGGCCAAGCAGAGGAUUAAAAACAAAAACUGACGCGCCGGAUCCGCCGCACGGAUUUGGGGAGGGUGGGUGG